GAUCUCGAGCCCUGCCUGCGGGUCGAGAGAAAGCAUACUCCGGACGACCGACACGGCUGAAGCACGAGUCUGAACAGGAGAGCAUUAGGAGGGAAACAGGUCUGAGGCACCGUCCGGCUGCUUCACGAAGAGCCAGGUUCAAGUCGAUGGUAGAGAUGUUACAAUCAGAAGCGUCUUGCUACAAAAUUAAAAUGCUCCGGUCGGCAUGCCAUUACCCCCAAGCCCAACGGUCUCAGAACAAAGUCAUGCAACGUCGAUUCGAACUGAUAUAAUUGACCAGAUACCUCCGGUGCAAUAUUCCAAUUCAUUGCUGAUGCCAUGUGUCGGGAAAACGAGUGCGGAUGCGAGGAUCGCAUAGUUGCAACAUACAACAUUUGAACGAGGCCCAAGUCAAUUCGAUCACCGGCUGUCGGCGACCGUUCAACAUGACCAUUCUGUUCUGAGCAAGCGCAAUCGAAUGUAACGGAUCCUGAUACAUUUUUUUGAAAGUCAGACAGCACAUGAACCUUUAACUGCGGAGGAGACCGUGCGCUCGAUCAAUGCUUGUUUUGCAACAUGGUGAGGAACAAGAUACUUGCAAAGAAGUACAAGUGGCUCGGAACUGGCCGAAAAUGAUACAAUUGGUAAGCACAUCAAUUGAUCACUGCAUCAGAGCCGGCUCGUCUCAGAUCUGUUCUCCUUCCACUCUUCUGUUGUAUAUCUGCAGACGAGCAAUGUUCAAGUUCGACUUCGAAAUAGACGACGAAGACAAAACCGCCGAUUUUCUGCUGCCGAAAGAGGCCGAACUGGAGCCGAGUCCCUCGCAAAUCGAGCAAGUCGAGCCGUUUGCAGAACACACUCUACCAGCGCUCCUCGAGCGUCUUCCGCCGCUGAUCUCGUACUCCCCUCUCACGAUCUCUGACGCCGCGUCCAAUGUAACGCUCGCUCGCCGGGAUCUAUUCGACGCGCGAUUCCAGUUGAUCUCGGGAGGGCGCGGUGACGUCGAAUCCGAGUCGGCGGACUCGGCGCUGGAGUUCCUGGAUGCGCCGUCCGACUUGGUGCCAGGGGUGUACGAGGGCGGGCUGAAGACGUGGGAGUGCAGCGUCGAUCUCGCAGGCUAUCUCGAUACGUUGGGCAACGACAAGGGGUCUCGGUUCGCUGGGAAGCGGGUUCUGGAGAUCGGAUGCGGGACGGCUGUACCGUCAAUUUUUAUCCUCUCAAGAUUAUUCAACGGAGUGCAAGACGUCGAGACUGUGGUCGCUUUUCAAGAUUAUAACGCGUCGGUUCUGGAGUUGAUAACUUUUCCAAACGUCGUUUUGGCAUGGUAUAUGUCCCCAGCAUCGGAAGAAUUCCGAAAUUCGGCCACAGACUCGGAGCUCUCUGCCGCAGAUCCGACAGUCGCUGGCGAGCUAAACAUAACACCGGAACUCAAAACAGCGUUUCUUGACUCACUGAGGAGGCACAAAAUAUCGCUGUUGUUCUACUCCGGUCCCUGGCAGUCGCUUACCGCGCAUCUGACGGAAAAAUACGACGUCAUUCUGACUUCUGAAACGAUUUACCGAUCAGAGUCGCUCGCACAUUUGAUCGCUCUGCUCCGUGCGGCAUGUGCCGGUCCAGCAUCUCAGCCGUUGUGCUUGGUCGCUGCAAAAGUUCUAUAUUUCGGCGUUGGUGGGGGUGUUUCCGAGUUCGUCGACGCUGUGCAGAAAGACCACAAGGGGCGAGUGGAAACCGUAUGGGAAAAGAAAGCCGGGGUGGGCCGUUCCAUCUUGGAAGUCACUUGGCCAUAAUAAGCCCACAACGAAAAGGCGUGUCUAUGGUGUGUGUGUAUGAUUGCGGUUUAUACAUGUACAGAUGAUGAUAGUAGAUAGAAAAGCCAACUGCAUCGAGUACCUUCACUCGAAAUCAAAAUCUGCAUCCCAGUCGUCUAAGUUAUCCUCCGGCUCGAAGAAUCGCGAGGCGCGUUCCAUGCGGUAAAUGUUGACCGAAGGCAUCGCAGACAACGGCGCAGAGAAACGGGGUUCGCGUGAACGUGAAUCCGAGAUCCGCUGCGCUCUGAUCAGCUUCAUGGGCGGGGAGGGCGUAAUCACAACGCGAGGCUUGGGUGUGACGAUACUUGAUUGGAUCUCAGUUAAUAACUCUCGAAAAGUUCGGGAAAAUGGGACAGACUUUUGAGUGAAGAACUCCCACUUCUUGCGACCUCUCUUCAGCGACGACUUCUUGGUUCUCGGACGCUGCAGAGGGGUAAGCGAAGUUCAUAAAAUCUCAAUAGUCGUAUAAUCGCCUUGACGAUGUCCCAUUCUCCCUUUGGGAUCCGCUCAGACGAGGUCGACGACGAUUUCGACGGUCGACUGAUGAAGGACUCGUCUGCGCCAGCCAUGAAGGCUACGCGCAGCGCAUGGGCAGCAGCCCGGGUCGGAGUGUGGAGGAUGCUUUGAACUGUCAUUUCGGUGGAGGGGAAGAUGGAAUUAGCCAGCGCUUUUGCCCGUUCUUUAUACUAGGCGCUCGUCCUGAUUGUGAGGUCAAUGGCUUUGAUGGGUGGCGAUCAGGCGCAUGUAUUGUUCGCGAAGUUGACAAUAUGAGGCGUGCUUGGCGGAUUAAUUUUUCACUUGGGAGAAGACAAUGGUAAAACGCCCUUGAGACGGUUGAGGGUUCGCGACAAUGCAGAUCCUGGGUGAUUCUGUAGAUUCGUUC